AUGCCAGUUGUUCAAACGACAUUGGAUACUUGUUCUUGGGAGGAAUUUAAGAAUCUUUCACAUGAUUUGAACAUAUUUGCACUGGAGUUUCAGACUUUCGUGGUAAGACAUUUUGCGCCAUGUUAAUUUUUGGAUAUAUGUUGACUAUACAAGCAUUUUGCAACAAAAUCUUCCAUCUUUUAUGUGAUUUAAUCCAUUUUAUGAACAUCCAUGUUACGCCAGUGCCUUCAUUUGUUUAUCAAAUGCAUUAUUUUAAAUAUUGCUCUGUUUUGUAUCUUAAUCUUUUCUGUAAUCUUAAUAAUGAAUUGACCAUUAUGUAUGUUUCCGUGGAGGUCACAAAUCCCAUAACGAAUUAAUUAUGUUACAUUUAUUUUUAUCAUUGUAGAGUUAUUCUAUUCUAAUGCUAGUAUGAGCAGCAGAGAAAAGAACAUAUUUUAAAUCCUUGUUGAGAUUCGUACUAAAUCACAGUAUAUUGUGGGAUAUUUACAUUUAAAUAAAUCAAGGCUUAACCAACCAUGUCUUUCUUGUUGCAGAACAAAUCCACAAUAAACCCUAGCAGAUCUGUUCCACUAAUUCAAUGUAAUGACCAGUGCCAUCCAGAAGGCCUAGCAGCAAACAAAGAGGUAAUGGAUGCUUUUGUGAAUAUAACCAAAGUAAUGAAGUUACAAUUUGGAGGGGGGUGUGGGGGGGGGGGUCGGAAGGUUCAUACUUGGAGCUAUCAUUGAAAAUCACAGAAUAAAAGCUUUUCGUCCAUUUUCAGCAUAUUGAUAAUCACUCUGUUUUCACGGAUGGCUGAAUUAAAAAGUCAAUUUCUAUUAGCAGAAUUUACACUGCACAUAAACAUCUAGCUGUAACGCACAGUCCUAUUUCCAGUGGUGAUAUUUUUGAAACUUAGGUUCCAUGUCUGGAAGCAAAUGACACAUAUGUAGAUUUCCUUUACUUAGUUUUUAAAUGUUGAUAAUUAGUAAACAGACAGAGGGCAGAAAAUGGUGACUGGUGAUGAACUAGUCCGCCUUCACUCUUCAGGUGGCUCCUAGCCGGCCAAUGGUCAUCUAAAAAUCAAAGGGAGUUAAUCAAAACGAUCUGUUUUCCCUAUACCUAGUCUUGUCAUUGGUUAAUGCUACCUGCCGGUUUAUUUUCUACAAUUGAAAUAACAGAAUGAUGAUUAUUAAACAUUUCUAAUAUAUAUUGUAUGUCUCACCCAGAGAUGUCUCAAGCGUAUUUAUGAGGUUCUGUACUAUUAUGAGCAUUAUACAUUGGAACUAUUUGGAGAAGGCAGCUUACACAAGAAUAGUCAUGUUUCACUGAAAAUCAACCAAAUGGAAAGUCACCUGAGGUCAAUUUCAAAUAAAGUAAAGCCAGAAGUAGCAAACGCCAUCACGAACAUUACAAAGAAGAUUCACAGCCUCAGGAGAUGUCUAGAGGUAAGUAACAGUCAUAUGUUUUUAAAGUCCUCUACGUCAUGAAAAUCAUAGAGAGUACAUUCCAAAUUAGAGAACACUGACUACUCUUGUUGCCUGUGUAAAAGAAUACAUUUAACCCUGGUCACACUCUUUGCUUCAUUGUUUUGGCAUAAUUUGAAUUGUGAUAAACAGAUUUGGUUUAUAUCAUAUAAAAAAUAGCCAAACUAAAUAUUACUUAACUGUUACAAUAUAAGAAAGAAAGAAAAACCCAACAACAACAAAAGUUUAGGAAAAGAGUAGGUGCUAGGCAACCUUUGGUACUCCAGAUGUUGUACGCUACAUCUCCUAUAAUGCUCUUACAGCCAUAAUUACACAAUCAGGGGACAUGAAGUCCAGAGCAUCCGGAGUGCCAAAAGUUGCCUACAUUUAGCUCAGAGACAUAUUUAUUAGAGCAAGCCAAACGCAAUAAUCAGGCAAGCUGAUGAUCAUGAAGGAACAUUUAAAUGGUGUCCAUGGUGAUUGCUCCUAAUUUAUUAAUUUACUCAUACAUGUUAAGCUUGGUAAAUAUUUUGCAUUUGAAAUGUAUCAUGAUACAAACAGAUGCUAUUCUAGUGUUAAACAGGGGCUAAUUUCCAUGGACAUCCGUACAAUGUAUCCUAACAGUUAGCACUUUAUCUAAAAGCACCUUUUUGUCCUGAUUUAUCUACCACUUCAUUUUGAACUAAAUCUAGAUUAUGGCAAUCCAUGUCUUAUGGAGUUUACAUGUGCAGUCACGAACAAUAAGCUAUUAUUUCAUUCACAUUCUAGUGGCACCCAGUGGUCAGUCUUUGUAUUGCAUAAUUAUUGUACUGCUGAUAAAUGUCACAACUCUUAUCUCAUAUACCUCCCCAUAGUCAUGUGUAAUGAUUUUUGAAUAUAGAUAUGCAUACAUAUCACACCCUGGACUGUGCAAGCUGAAUUAAUUAAACGUCAUGAAUUUAACUGUCCUUACUAUUCCUGUCUGUGAAUUUUACUUUACUACUAAACGAGACCCAUUGAGUUUCUAAUUGAGUUUCUUUGUUUUCUCACAGAAAAAUGGCUACAAGGGGAACAAUACAGAAGAAAAAGAUCAUCCUCCUAUUACUAAAUCAUCCAUUGAAUAUAUCUCUGGCCGUUUUAUAUCUGUGACUCCUCUUAUAGCAAGAGUCUUCGCAUUGGGUGAUCCAUCUCGCCACAUGUCUUAUCAGAAGAAAUAA